AUGCAGCUUGUGACCCUUCUUCCUUUCCUGACGGUUCUUGGCUCCGGCCUUGCGAGCCCAAUGAAGCGAAACACAGUAUUCGAGAUUCAGGGCUUAUGUGCCACUCUUUAUUCAAAUGAUACACUAGGGAAUCUGCAGUUUACGGUGCAGAACUCAAGCACUAAUUUGGAAGACUCGUGCUAUAUCUCUUGGAACCCAAGCAACGAUAUACAACCCGGCAUAGAACUAAACAAAUGCGCCCAAGAUAACUUCGAAUUCGGAUUUCGUUAUGGAUUACAAAUCGAGAACUUUGUGCUGGAUUUGAAGCAGGUCAAGGCUUCCCAGACAGCUUAUCAGGUGAUUAAUACCAGUGCGAGAAAUUCUAAUUGGGUUUGCGUGAAGAAUCCGGAAGAAGGAAUCCAAGAGCGGUGUCACUAUAAUGGAGUGUUGGAUGUUAGUCCCUAA